UGUUGAGCUGCUGGGCUAGAGUUGGCACAGCCUCAAAGGGCGACAAGACCGGAGAGCUUUUCCCCCUCUAACAGGAGAUGACUGUGAGUUGGCCCAGUAGGCAGGAUCCAUUGGCUUCUUCUCACUUCUGCCACUAGUGUCAUAAACCUGUGUGUAGCCUGCACUGCUGCUGCCUGUACCACUCAACCCCUGUCGCUGCUGCUCUCCCUCCCUCUGAUCCGAGUGGGCAGAGUGGGAUGGAAGCCCUCGCUGGAAGCCUGUUCGUGGAAAGGCUCUUUGCCGUUGUUAGCGCUGUAGCUCCGUGCUGGUGACAACAAAAUGCCGUUGAAAUGGAAAAGCGGUUCUCCUGUCAGCUGGAAAUUCCCAGUGCCAGUUCUUAAGACAUCCAGGUCCUCGCCGCUCUCUCCUGCCUACAUAUCCCUCGUGGAGGACGACGACCCUCACAUGAAAGUGUCGCAGGGGUGUGGUGACAUGGGCAUCUCUGCCCACCUACAGGCUUCAAAACCCGGAAACACUCGCUUCUUUACGAGCAACACGCACAGCUCAGUGGUCCUUCAGGGAUUUGACCAGCUGAGGCUAGAGGGAUUACUGUGUGAUGUCACGCUGGUGGCGGGGGACGGAGACGAAGCCUUCCCAGUGCAUCGCGCCAUGAUGGCCUCCUCCAGCGACUACUUCAAAGCCAUGUUCACAGGUGGAAUGAAGGAACAGGAUUUAAUGUGCAUCAAACUUCAUGGUGUCAACCGUAUAGGCCUGAAGAAGAUCAUAGACUUCAUCUACACGGCCAAGCUGUCUCUCAACAUGGAGAACCUGCAGGACACACUGGAGGCAGCCAGCUUCCUCCAGAUCCUACCUGUGCUCGACUUCUGCAAGGUCUUUCUCAUAUCUGGGGUGUCCCUGGAUAACUGUGUGGAGGUAGGGCGCAUCGCUAACGCAUACAACCUCACGGAGGUAGACAAAUACGUCAACAACUUCAUCCUCAAGAACUUCCCCUCGCUGCUGGGUACGGGGGACUUUGUCAAGCUGCCCUUUGAGCGGCUGGCCUUUGUUCUGUCCAGUAACAGUCUGAAGCACUGCAGCGAGCUGGACCUGUUCAAGGCUGCAUGCCGCUGGCUCCGCUAUGAGGACGGACGUAUGGACCACGCCCCCAAGCUCAUGAAGAACAUCCGCUUCCCCCUCAUGAACCCCCAGGAGCUCAUCAACCACGUGCAAACGGUGGACUUUAUGCGCACCGACAACACCUGCGUCAACCUCCUCUUGGAGGCCAGUAACUACCAGAUGAUGCCCUACAUGCAGCCAGUCAUGCAGUCAGAGAGAACGGCCAUCCGCUCAGACAGCGGCCACCUGGUCACCCUGGGCGGCGUCCUGCGCCAGCAGCUGGUGGUCAGUAAGGAGCUGCGCCUGUUUGACGAGAAGGCCCACGAGUGGAAGGCGCUGGCGCCAAUGGACGCACCGCGCUACCAGCAUGGCAUCGCCGUCAUCGGAAACUUCCUCUACGUGGUGGGGGGCCAGAGCAACUACGACACCAAAGGCAAGACGGCGGUGGACACGGUGUUCCGGUACGAUCCGCGCUAUAAUAAGUGGAUGCAGGUAGCGUGCCUUAACGAGAAACGCACCUUCUUCCACCUCAGCGCUCUCAAAGGACACCUCUACGCCGUGGGCGGCCGCAACGCUGCGGGGGAGCUGGCCACGGUGGAGUGCUACAACCCGAGGACAAACGAGUGGACGUACGUCGCCAAAAUGAACGAGCCACACUACGGCCACGCAGGGACGGUGUACGGCGGUUACAUGUAUAUUUCGGGGGGAAUCACUCACGACACGUUUCAGAAAGAGCUGAUGUGCUUUGACCCGGAUGCAGACAAAUGGACUCAGAAAGCGCCCAUGACCACGGUGCGUGGCCUGCACUGUAUGUGCACGGUGGGCGACCGCCUCUACGUCAUCGGGGGGAAUCACUUCCGGGGCACCAGCGACUACGACGAUGUGCUCAGCUGUGAAUACUACUCUCCGGCCCUGGACCUGUGGACGCCCAUCGCCGCCAUGCUGCGGGGCCAGAGCGACGUGGGCGUGGCCGUGUUCGAGAACAAGAUUUACGUGGUGGGUGGCUACUCAUGGAACAACCGCUGCAUGGUGGAGAUAGUGCAGAAGUACGACCCGGAGAAGGACGAGUGGCACAAAGUGUUUGACCUGCCUGAGUCGCUGGGCGGGAUCCGAGCCUGCACACUGACCGUGUUUCCCCCAGAGGACAUGAUGGGCUCCCCCUCCAGAGAGUCACCCCUCUCAGCACCUUGAAGAAUGGGGGUGGGGGGGGAGUCCACCCCGCUCCGCUCACACCCCCACAACCCCCCACAC